AUGUGAGCUAGCCCCUGCAGUAGGUAUACAUAGACGUACGCACACACACGCACUUUCGCGCCUGCCUUAAUAUUGAGCCGUGCUGUGUUUUUUUUUGUGGGAUAUACACUGAAAUAUCUUCCGAAAGAAACCCACUUUUUAUUUUUUGGUUCGCAUUGUGACCGUGAGAUGCGUGGACCUCCUCAGCCCCCUCCUUCUCCUUUGUCAAUCUGCUGGGGGGCCUCAACGUGGACCGGCUUUUUAUUUUUUUGAAUGACAUGAAAGGUCUCUUUGCUGAUUCUUGCCUGACUCUCGAUUAAAUCGCAGUCCACGAAUCUGCCGCCAUGCCCAUCCUAAAGCAGCUGGUGUCCGGCUCCUCCCACAAGACCCGGCGUUCCCGCACCGACCUGACCAGGGAGAUGAUCAGCGCCCCGCUCGGCGACUUCCGCCACACCAUGCACGUCGGCCGCAGCGGCGACGCCUUCGGCGACACCUCCUUCCUCAGCACGCGCUCUGGAGAACCCCCGGCGGAGUCCACCUCCUUCCCCAGCUCCCCCCGGCCGGGCCUGCUGUCGCGCACCUUCAGGAGCAGCAAGCGCUCCCAGUCGGUGACCCGCGUGGACCAGCACCCCCUGGUGGUCUCGGGCGGGUCGCCCACUUACGUGAAGAACGCCAUGUCGCUGCCGUUUCUCAACGACGAGGACCGAGGAGAUGGCAUGGUGGCCAAGAGUCUGUCCUCCAGUCCUUUGAAGCAGCUGGCGGAAUGCGACGGCGCCGCCGCCAAUCACUUCCUGGAGGUGGAGGAGCGAAGAUUCGGCGAGGCGACGGAACUACCCGAGAGCUGCCGCCCCUCUUUAUGCGGAAUGAAGCACGCGGAGUCGGUCAUGUCCUUCCACGUGGACUUGGGGCCGUCCAUGCUGGGGGACAUCCUGGGCGUGAUGGAGAAGGAGGACGACGACCUGGGCUACGAGGAAGGCAAGAGCAGCGAAGGCCGCGCCUCGCCGCCUCUCAGCAACCACGAGGAAGAAGACCGCCGGAAAACGGACGAAAAGGAAGCAACUCUGAGAUCCUCCCCGCGCCCAGAAAAAGAGAUCUGUGGGGUACACACCCCCGAGACCCGCCCCAAGCACCUGCAACACCUGGACAGCUGUUCCGUGUCCAGCUCGGGCUCGGCGGCGCUGGACGAGCGAGCCCACGUGUACGCCGCCGACACGGACAGCGCCACCUUCAGCGCUCCGCCGGAAGAGGAAAGCAACUUCUCGUCCUUCUUAGACGACGAAGACGACGAGAUCCGCCUGUGAGGCGACGGUUUCCUCCUCCGCUCCGGAAUGUUGUUUAUGCAAGGAAAGCAAUCCCCCCCCUUGAGAGCGGAAAAGCUGGUGAGUGAGAAUCACCAGGAAUUUUGAAUAUGGAACAUUCCAGAAGGACAGUUUUUUCCAAGAGAAGGGAAACGUGUCUUUCCCAGCCUCCCGGUUUUGACGUGUCACAUGCUUGGUUUUUUUUUUUUUUUUGGCCCGCCGUCGCGUCACCGCAGGAAUGCCGCUUUGGGGUAUCUUCAGUGAGUGCGAGUCCCAGCCUGGAGCCUCCGCAUCCCCACAUAAUAGACCAUUGAGCUGUCAGAGUGCUUGGAUUUAUGCAACAAUGGAUGCUACUUCCCCGAUUCUCCUCUCGUGCGCACCCCCCCCCCCCCCAGAUGUAAACAUGACCUUAUUGCAGGCAUUCAGCAUCAAACUGUAAGGUUGACAUGGUGCCAGUUAGCUUCAAUGAGUGUCUUGACUCUAUGUCUGUCUUGUUUGUUUACCGUUUGAUUUGUGUGGCUACCAACUUAAAAACGACAGCAAUAAGAAAGAUUUAUAUGCAACCUUGUCCUUGAAAUUGACAUGUGCCAAAAAUGCCCUAAAAAAAAAGGAAUCUUGCUGCGAACGUUUUGGGAGAUUGUUAACUUUUCCUCUCAAUCUUCAAUGUUGACGCAAAAAAAAAAAGUGCGUAACUGGAUAUUUAUGUUGCUAAUCACGCGAAACACUAUAAUAUAUAUAUAUAAUUUAGGUAAUUAGUGCAAAUGGGGGACGUUUUGUAUCUUAUAUGCCUUACUGUUGUCGUCUUUAGCCUUUUUUUCUGUAUUAGCUAAAAUAACCUAUAUUUUUCAAUAAAAUUAAUUUG